CGCAGUUCGGCGAACAUAAAUCGUUAUUUUUAGCGCCCGGGUUCGUGUUUCGCAAAAAGCCGCUUCUCUACCUCUGCGCCACAGUCGGAGCACGAGAGGACCCACCGUACGCCUCGCACGCACGCACGCAGUGACUGAGCGGGGGUAGCGCGCGAGGACGGACAUAACGGACUCCGAGCAGAGACAUCUGAAGGGAGGGUUAUCACAUAUCACGUAUCACCGUAUCAUCACCAUCCGACUUUGGUUUCGGCCUGUCCGGAGAUGGCUAGCCCCGCUGCGUGUCGAGACUCCCCGAAUGUCCCGCCGCGGGACCAGGAGCCGCUGGAGCCGCACCAUCCCGAACCAGCCUGCCAGGAGGCACAGAAAUGGAUUGAGGCUGUAACUGGGAAGAGCUUUGGAGACAAGGACUUCCGCAGUGCAUUGGAGAACGGUAUCCUGUUAUGCGAGCUGCUGAGUGCGAUCAAACCAGGGCUCGUCAAGAAGAUCAACAGGCUGCCCACCCCCAUUGCCGGUCUGGAUAACCUGUCAGUCUUCCUGCGGGGCUGUGAGGAGUUGGGUCUGAAAGGCGCCCAGCUGUUUGACCCAGGGGACUUGCAGGACACUUCCAUACGAGCUAACCUCAAGGACUCAGACUGCAACCGUAAACUAAAAAACGUGUUGAACACAGUGUACUGGCUGGGGAAGGCCGCCAGUGGCUGUGCUUCCUAUAGCGGGCCUACUCUAAACCUCAAGGAGUUUGAAGGGCUUCUCGCUCAGAUGAAGCUGGAGAGUGAGGAAGGAGGGGACAGUUCACAGAAGCGCAGUGUUAGAGACAGCGGCUAUGACUGCUGGGACUCUGAGAGGAGUGAGUCUCUUUCUCCACCACGGCACACUCGAGACAACUCCCUAGACAGUCUGGAUUCCUUUGGCUCACGCUCACAGCACAGCCCAUCUCCCGAUGUCGUGAAUCGAGGAAACAGUGAUGGGCGAGGCAGCGACUCGGAGGCCGAUGCCCCCAACAGGAAGCCAGAUGUGCGGAAGGAUGACAUGUUGGCCAGACGAACUUCCAGCAGUGAAUCAAGAAGCUCUAUCCCCUUUAACCAGUUUCUUCCUAACCGAACCAACGUCACCUCCUACAUCCCUACUCCACGAAGAAAACCACAUACGGAAGAUAGAGAGCAGCGGAGCCAGGUAGUUGGAGACCCCAAUCAAACUACCCCUCCCUCUGCUGACCUCCCACCCUGGACCACCAAAGCUGCUCCCACUCCUGCUGAGAUUGAUGCCCGGCUGGCUCAAUAUGAGGGGAGGACAGAGGAGGAGGAGGAGGAAGAAGGAGAGGAGAGAGUCCCGGAUCUUCAGAAAGACGACAUGAUGGCAAGGAGGACGGGAGUUUUCCAUAAACAAAGCACCGCUACAGUGACUUACAGCCGUUUCCUGCCUCUGCCUGCCUCCAAACGUUGCACACAAGGGGAUAUAACCACAGAUGCUGCUCCGCAAGACAAGAAGGAAGUGCAGGCAGAGAGGAGCAAGAAACUGAACGUCAGAGUGGAGCAUCAGCAGCCCAUGGAAACACCUCAACAGCAGGUAGAGACAACAGUGAUCCGAUCAGUGUCUCACAGUGAGCGGGAAUACGGGGAUAAUGAGGAUGAGUAUGAUGAAAAUGUGCCUGUGCCUGACCUGGAGAAAGAUGAUAUGAUGGCUCGAAGGACUGCAUCAUUCCAAAAAGCGAGUGCAGCCAAAACAAAUCAGUUCCUGCCAGUACCUGGAUCAGUGAAAUAUAACAUUAGUCCAGUGUCUGCUAUGAAGGCGCUGCACAGCAGACCCAAACUGACAGAAAAGCAGGACAGUGAAAGCAUUGUUGCUGUGGCAGCAGAGCCUCAGUCCCCGCCCUCCAAAGCUCCAACCAGUCCCGUGUGCUCAGGGCUGAGAGAGAGGCGGGAGGAGGAGGAAGAGCGAGAAAAGGGAGAUGGUCUAUGGUUGCUCCCUAACACUUCUGUCACAGCGGAGCCCCUCUCUUCUCCUUCACUCACGCCUUCACCCAGUCCUGCUACUUCCCAGAUCUGUAGAGUGGAAGCAGAGCUGGAAAAGCAGAAAUUGGAGGAGAGAGUUGAGGAAAAAGCUGAAGUGUUGGAGAAAAAGAAGGCUGUGAAUGAGAAACCACAAAAGAAACCCUUCUGGCUGGAUGACGAUGAGCUUCCUCCAAUGAUUUUUAGGAUGAGUCGACGAGUUGCUUUUAUGUCUGAGGACACCGAGAGUGUGAGUAUGGGUGACAUGCUUAAUGAGGAAGAGGUGGGGCACUUGCCGCUGCUCAGCCAAUCGCGACAUGAACGCAUGCAUGAGCAGUACAACAGCUUUCUGGAGGAGGAGGACCACUGGCAAGACGAUUUGGCUCGCUGGAAGAAUCGCCGUCGCAGCGCAUCACAGGAUCUAAUCAGAAAAGAGGAGGAGAGGAAGAGAAUAGAGAAAAGGAUGAAGGAGCAGGGAAGUGACGGCAAUAAGCGGAAAAGCAUUAAGACUUAUAAAGAGAUCGUGGAGGAGAAGGAGCGCAGAGAAGCAGAGUUGUGUGAAGCCUACAGAAACGCAGCAUCUCCAGAGGAGGCAGCCUUGGUUUUACAGCGUUACGCUCUCCGCUUCACCAUUAGUGAUGCAGUACUGGACAGCCUAAAACUCCCCAGAUCCACCUCAAAACCAGAAGAGGACCUAAAUGAGGUGGACAAAGAGCACAAACAAACAUCACCUGUUAAUAACUCUGAGAUGUCAGACCAUCUGCACCUACCAAUAUCACCUGUAAUAACAAAUCAAGAGCACACAAAACCUGAAGAGACAGAGACAGAUACAGCUGAUCAGCAAGAAAAAUCAGCCACCAGCCCUCCAACACCAGCCAGUACAAGCAGUCCCCUCUCCACAGUCACAGACUCACAAAGUGUGUCCCCUCAGUCUCUGGAGCUCAAUGAACCACAGGUCCAACUGACAGAGUCUCCAACUGUGCAGCAGACCGCGAUCACAGCAGAUGCAGAGCCUCAGACCAAACACAGUUCAUCUCAGAGUGCACAAGGGCAGCCUCACCCCACACAGCCUGCACACACUCUCCCCUCUCCGCCAUCUGUGUCCACCAGGCCUGUCCCCCUGCUGGCAGCCAAACCCUACUGCCAGCCCAGGACUGCGCUCUCUGGACACAAACCUAUCAAGGACGGGUUGGUGCGAGUGAAUGGAGUGGCGACGGAGGAGUUAGCUGUUUCCACUCCACCUACCUCCUCUCAGCACUCAUCGCAGGACACCAAAGAUGUUUCCUCCAAAGAGGCGGAUAAAGACGCUCCACCUGUGGAGACUGUAAAAAAUGCAGAGACUGCAGAGCAGCAGCCACCACCACCUCCACAGCCAGAGAAAUCAGCGCCGUCUUCAGGCUCUGCCAUCAGCUCCCUGAUCGGAGGCCGAAACUGCGUCAUCACAACAACUAUUGUGACAGAGCUCACGCAGACGGUUGUGGAGCCGCUUCACCCAGACAUCCAAAACACUGGAGAGGUUGGGACCACUGGCCUAUUUGGGAAACCAGAGGAUGAAAAGAUUGCUGAACCAUCUUCUACACCCAGCAGCAUGGAAGAAUAUUCUCCCACUGUCUCAGAAGGACUUGAGGAGAGCAGUGUGACCAUUGAGACCCCAAUGUUGAACUUGGCUAAACGUGUUAAUCACUGGGUCUGGGACCCCAAUGAGGAGCGUAAGCGCUUGGAAAGGUGGCAGCAGGAGCAGGAGCGCCUCCUAAAGGAGCAAUACCAGAGAGAACAAGAGAAGCUGAUGAAGGAAUGGGAGAAAGCACAGCUCGAGGUUGAAGAGGAGGAGAGGAAACACAAUGAAGAGGAAAGACGCAUUCUAGAGGAGACGGUCACACCCCUCAAUCCUACCGGCCUGUUGAACCAGCUGUCAGGACAGGCAGUGACGACUUCAUUGGCUACAGAAGACGAUGAUGCAAAGGGAAGAAAUGUUCCUUUGCAGCACAAUGGCCAAAACACCGCUACAGGGAAUGAAGAUCAGCAUGCAUCAAAGCUGCACUUCUUCCAGGAUUCUGGGACUAAUGUUGAACCUUCAAAGAAACAGGAACUGUGGAAAACAGCCUCUCUGGACCGCAAUCCUCAGCUGAACCAGGCGCAGGUUGUUAAAAGAUCUGGAUCACAUGAUGUUGUUACAAGUAAACAGCAGUCCUCCCCUUUAAAGCCUCAGCCUCCCUCACCCAGCAGGUGUGUUAGUGGAAAGAGACUAUGCACUGGUUGUUCUGAGCCUCUGGGAAAAGGCGCUGCUAUGAUCAUAGAUACGCUGGGGCUGUUUUUCCACAUACAGUGUUUCAAGUGUGGAAGGUGUGGUGGACAGCUCGGUGACGCCACUGCAGGGACUGAUGUACGGAUUCGUAAUGGACUGCUGAGCUGCCAUGAGUGCUACAUUGCAUCUCGGGGCAGAGGUCAGCCCACCACACUAUGAUGACACUAUGUUGGAACUGGGCCCUCAGUCAAUGGCUGAGUGGAGAACUCUUUUCAAAGCUUGGAUCGCACUCUGGAACAGUCUUGAAGCUACAAGUCAUCUUUUUUUCCUCUUUGAAUGCACAACGGCUCACACGGAUGUUCACAACGAGGAGUCUGAACUGACGUGGGUCAAAUAUCUCGACAAAAUGCACACACAGAGCUAUUGCUAUACUUCUUAACUGUACACGUGUAUACGCUUCUUUUUAGUAGCAUGGAUGUAAUCAAGAAAUGAGUAUGUUUAGGCAUUUGCACAUCCAUACAAGACACUUAAAUAAGGAUCUUUUCCAUCACAAGCGCCAAAUGCUGAACACUACUGUCUGUAACACAUCGGCCUCCCAAAUCUUGACUCAUUAACUCCUGCUUCUGCAAUGAUCAUGUGACUCCACUCUCUUGAGUGAGAUGCAAAAGGGGUUCAGGUUAGAUAACCUGAAGUAGCUUGACCAUUAUAAUGCCUUACUCAUACCUUUUCCUUUAUUUGGGGUUUUGUGUUUACAGUUUUGCAUGAAAAAAAGGAACAUAUAUAAGUUAUUGUGAGUAUUGCUCAGAUGGAUAGUGAGUUGUUGUUUUCUUACCUAUCCUAUUGUUUAUUGUAUAUCAUUAUGAUGAUUUUGUUUUUGUUUUUUUGUUUUUUUUUUGGGGGGGGGGGGGCCUAACCUAAGCUUUUUCUCUAUAAGUCAUUUUACAGGACUGAGAAUGCAUGUUGUUGAGUAAUAAUACUUGUUUUUGGAUUUUAAAUAUUUUCCCUUUAGGAUGUUUUAGCUAUUGCUUCUUCUCAUAGACUGCACCUGAAUCAGUGCCUUAUGUAAUGAAUGCGAGGGCGAGUGGAGUGUGUGUGCAGGAAUAGUUCACACUCACACAGACCUAAGGGUCUUGGCACAUGUGUGUGUGUGUGCGUGCAUGUGUGUGUGUUAUGAAUGCAGUGUGUAAUUUGACUUGAAGCACAGUUCCAUACCAGCAAGAAAAAAAAAAGUUAAAUGGAUCAGCCUCUCCUAAUCACCUGCUGUCCUCUUCCCCCGCUUCCAGUAAACUAAACCAAUGACACAAAGUUACUUGCUGCUUCUCCCAUUUAAUAAUCUUAUGGCAGUCCACAGUGUCCUAAAAUCUCUCCUCAUAUGCCUCUGCAUCACAAGCGUUGCCUCCCUGGAGAAUAAUCUGAACUGCUCUCUCCUCUCUUGUCUCACCUAAGUCUGGACACCUGACAGCUUCUUCAUCUCUCAGAGGAAUAGAGAUCAGUUCAUGUCCUUUUAUAGCAAUUGUAUGUUUAUCAAUAAAAUAUUUUAA